GCUCCUCAUAAAUACCUGCUAGUACAACUUCCCGGCGAUUUGGGGGGGGGGGGGUUGGUUAAGCUUCUCAUAAAUACCUGCUAAACCUUAUACAAACUUUCAAACCACGUAGCUUCAGAGAUCAUCGGCUAUAAUCUCUUUCCUUACGUCGUCAAUGGAGUUCACAGCUUCACUUUUAAUUCCCUUCCUCCUCCCUCUCCUUUUGCUCCUCCUGGCAUUGCUGAAUGGUUCUCCAUCUUCGUCUUCAAAUAAACUUCCGAAAUCUUACCCCAUUAUAGGCUGUUCCUUCGCGGUACUUGCAAACAUGAAGAGACGGAUCCAGUGGACCUCCGAUCUCAUCCUGUUUUCUCCCAAUGCUAAGUACGUAUUACACCGGCCCCUUGGCCACGGCCAGGUCCUUACUGGGAAGCCUGCCACCGUGCAGCACAUUCUCAAGACCCAUUUCUCGUACUACCAGAAGGGUGACUUGUUCCAAACUGCCUUACGGGAUAUGCUUGGAGACGGGUUUCUCAAUGCUGAUGGUGACUCCUGGAAACUCCAGCGACAGGUGUCAAGCCACGAAUUCAAAACAAAAUCUCUUCGGAAAUUUUUGGAAACUGUCGUCGACACGGAGUUGAACGACCGCCUCAUCCCUUUCUUGUCUGAGGCUGCAAGAAAGGAGACCAUACUUGAUAUGCAAGACAUUCUCCAGAGAUUUGCUUUCGAUAACAUAUGCAACAUAGCCUUCGGCUACGACCCGGCGUGUUUAUCGUCCUCCCUUCCUGAGCGAAAAUUUGCUCAAGCUUUUGAAGAGGCUGCAAUGUUGAGCAUCAACAGACUCGUCACGCCAUCUCCUCUAUUAUGGAAAAUCAAGCGUAAGCUUGAUAUUGGAUCAGAGAAACGCCUCAAGAUCAUAGUAUCUGAAAUUCGUGAUUUCGCCCGGAAAAUAGUCAGAGAGAAGAAGGUGCAGCUGCUAAAUGGGAAAUCAUCAUCCCUCGAGUCCGUUGAUCUUUUGUCACGAUUCUUGAACUCAGGUCAAUAUGAUGAAGAGUUUCUCAUCGACAUUGUUAUUAGCAUCAUACUCGCGGGUCAGGACUCUACAUUGGCGGCUUUAACAUGGUACUUUUGGCUGUUAUCCCAAAAUCCGCUUGUCGAAAAUGAAGUGGUCAGAGAAAUAAGAAAAAAAUCUGGAUCGCCAAUCUACGAGGAUGUGAAAGACAUGGUGUACACCCACACCUCACUCUGUGAGAGCAUGCGAUUAUACCCACCAGUACCUUUUGAAAAUAGGCAAGCCACAAUUGAUGAUAUUCUCCCGGAUGGGACAAUUGUAAAAAAAGGCAUGAGUGUUGCAUACCACCCGUACGCGAUGGGCAGGUCGGAGAAGAUAUGGGGACCUGAUUGGGCGGAGUUUAGGCCCGAGAGAUGGCUUGAGAAGGUGGAUGAGGCUACUGAAAAGUGGUGCUUCGUUGGGAGAGACUCCUUCACGUAUCCAGUGUUUCAUGCUGGCCCAAUGAUCUGCCUUGGUAGGGAGAUGGCGUUCCUCCAAAUGAAAAGAGUGGUUUCCGAGGUUCUUCGGCAGUUCCGAGUUGUCCCAAUGGCUGAGAAGGGGGUCCAGCCAGGUUUGUUUGCGUACUUGACCUCGAAAAUGGAAGGCGGGUUUCCAGUUAGAAUUGAGGAUAGGAAAGAGUAAAAGAUAGAUGGCAUCGGCAAGACAGUCCUAUAGUAUGAAUGCUUAGUCAAGAAAUUUCUUCAAGUAAUACAUACAUAUAUAUGUACACAUAUAUGCACUUGAGUCGCAUGUGAUUUUGC